CUUCCACUCGCGCAGAUGUCUCGUUGGUGAACACGAGCGACUCGAGUCGGAUUCCGGUGAUUAUGCCACUGUCAGUCGCGCGCGCUCCAAACAACCAAGCUACUCUUCGAUUCCAUUCAAAUUUAAUACGGUCUACGUAAUUUGCUCGUCAGAGAUAUAGAUAUCGAAUCGUGCGUGUAAUCGAUAGUGUGAUUUUAUUUACAUUAUCCCGUAGCAAAGAAACCGACUUUCUGCGAUGUCGAAAAGCAAAUCAGCCGAAUCUUCGGAGACCGCGAUGGGUUUCAAGGACAAGCAGAAGGCUCUCGACACGUUGAAAGCUCUGGACGGUCGUGACAUUAGCUACCAGUACCACGUGAUCACGAGUUUCGUGAGCCGCGCCAAGAGAACGCUGCAAAUCACCAGAGACCAGGAGAAACUCGCCAAUUUAAACGAGGCUUUGAAAGUGUUCGAGGAGUGGUUGCUCGAUUAUAAAGAGAAGAAUCGCGGCAAGGAGAAUCUCGCUUACCUACCGAUCGAGACUGUGACGGGUUUCAGGACUCUUGCCAAGAGAUACGAUGUCCUGGACGAACAAUUCCUCAAAGCCUACAAGAAGGAAAACGGAGACUACAAAUGUUUACGAACGGUUAAGGUAUCGAGCGGAGGAGGAGUGACCUGGGACAUCGAAAGGAAUCGAAAGUUGAAGGAAAUCAUCGAUAAGAUAAAAAAAGAUCACGUGCAAUGGUACGAGACCGACGUUGGCAAUUUCCGGGGACUACCGACCAAGGAACACGUUCAAUGCAUCAUGUUGGGAUACAGUCCGGAUCCCUCCAAGCUGAAGAAGCUGAUCUCAGAAAUGGAAGAAAAGUUCGGUUCCGAGGACGACGACGAGGACGAGGGCGAUCGGAUGGAGAUCGAUCAAGAGGAACGCAACAAGGCCUCGAAGAGGAGCCACGAAAGUUCGAGCAACAGCGACAGCGAGGACGGAGCACCGGAAAAGAAGGUGGCGAAGCGGCAAUCGACCGACACCGACACCGACACCGACGCGGACACGGACACGGAUACGGACAAGGAGAAAAAAGAGGAAACCAGACUCGGUUUUAAAAAUAAGGAGAAAGCGUUGCAGAGCAUCGAAUCGUUGAACGGCAGGGACGUAAUUUAUCAAUACCACGCGAUUGCUGGCCUGACGAAAAGAGCCGAAAGAGUUAUAUCGUGCACAAAGGACGAGCAAAAGAUCAAGAACAUGAAAGAGGCCGUCGAGGUGCUGAAAAAUUGGAUGACGGACUAUAACGCGAACGGUCGAGCGAAGGAGAAUUUAAACUACUUGGCCAUCGAUUUGGUACGAGGUUUCAAACCAUUGGCGGAUAGAUACGAAAUCGAAGACAACGGAUUUCUCGAAGCGUACGAAGAUGCGGGCGGAGAUUACAAGAAGCUCAGGACCGUGCAAGCUCGAAAUUCGAACGUAACUUGGGACGUUGAGAGAAACAAAACGCUGAAAAGUCUAUUGGAACGCAUCAAGGGGAAUAACAGACCGUGGUUCGAGACAGACGGUGAAUUACACGGUUUGCCUACCGAGGAGCAUACUCGGUGUAUAAUGUGGGCUUUCAGCCACGAUACCGGCAAACUGAAGAAACUGCUGCCAACGCUGGCCGACAAGUUCAAGUCUUAAAUGACAUUAUGUAUCGUAUAAAAGUGUACGUUUAAAUUCAUCGAUACGAUGGAUGCGUUACGGAUAUUGGUUACUGUAACGAUGCGUAUAAAUGAAUUUUUCUUACGUUUCCGUUUAACGGCCACGUUACACGGACGAUGGUAUCACGAAUAAAAAGUA